CCUGAAAAGCCAGAGCGAUCGUCUACACUACUGCCACAGGCUUGCUUGUGAUGUUACGGGCGCUCAUCGAAGUUGACAUACCAACACCGCAGCAGACAAUUGCAUCUGAGAACUCCGUCGAUGGCUCCGAAAGACACUAGCGACUCCGGAACUCCAAACAGCGCUGAACCUCACUCCAAAUCAGGCUCAGCAACCAGCUCCGGUGACACAAACAAGUCAGACAAAGUGCACAUAGUCAUUGUGGGGUGCGGCCCCGCCGGACUGCUGCUUGCAUUCUAUCUGCUUGAGCGGGGUGCCGGACGUUUCCAGGUGUCUAUCUUUGAGUCCAGGGAGGACCUCAGGGUCACUGCCAAGAGGGAGCGUAAUGCGCGGCGCUACUCACUCGUCCUUGCUUAUCGAGGAAAGAAAGUACUGGCCAGGAUUCCAGGCCUCUUGGAUGCGAUUAGGGAGAUCUCCAUUCCGUCUGACGAGCUCUACUUACAUGUGGGCAAGUAUGUCGGGGCGCGCGCGUUCAAGCUGGCCGGCGUGCCACCCGGUGUGGAGAAUGCAGACGACAUGAUCGGACUGAACGUCGACCGCGCCGAUCUGUGCGCCGCGAUGCUGAGCUACCUGAUGGAGAGGCACGGCGACUCGGGCCUGCUCUCGGUGCACUUCUUCAAGAAAUGCACGGCUUUUCUGACAAGUAUCGACUUUCAGAAACGCGAGGCGCUGUUCGAAGACGUGAAAGUGAACAUUGAGGCGCAGGGCAACGAGGUGAACGUCAUCCCCGGACAGGACACGUGUCAAGCUACGACUGGCGCUCCUCUGCAGAGAGUUCCGUACGACCUCGUUGUGGGUGCUGACGGCGUGAAUUCUGCUGUCCGCCACAGCUUCACCCUGCUGCCGCGUGGCUUCGACUGCUCCGUGACGGACCAGUUCAGCCGCGCGUACAUUCUGCACGUGCGACGUCCCCCCGAGAUCAGCCCCUCAGGCUUCAACCUCGUUCCCAAGAUUCCGGACGCCCAGUCCUUCCGCUGCCUCUUCUACCCCAGCGGACAGAAAGCGGAAUCCAUCAACCUGGCGCUCAUCUGGCCCGUCAACGACCCCCCCGUCGAGUUCCUGGCUAUGAAGGAUCCGGCAGAGAUGACGUCAUGGUUGCGUCAGCGACUGCCGUUCCUGGAUCUGCAAGAGAGUGCGGCGCAAGACAUCCUGGCCCAGAGAGUCGCGCAGCUUCGUAUGGUGAAAUGCGAGCCGUAUCACCACUCCGAGGGGGGUGCCGUCCUUAUCGGCGACGCAGCCCACGCGACCCCCCCGGCGAUCGGCCAGGGGUGCAACUCGUCCCUGGUCGACGCCGCCGUUUUGGCCCGGCUUUUGCUCGGGGAAUCGGUCGGGGAAGACGACCGGUUGGAGACCAAAGGGAUGAAAGAUGGGCUUGGACUGCUCGGGAAACGCGACCGGUUGAAAUCUGUCAACCAGAAGAGUGGACUUGGCCUGCUCGGGAAAUUGGCGGUCGGGGAAGACCACCGGUUGGAGAGCGAAAAUAAGAAAGAUGGGCUCAAAGUGCACGGGGAAGCGGUCGGGGGAGACGACCGGUUGGAGGCUGCGUCCGCAAAGGCCUCGGACGCUGCGCCGGGCGGACGUACGGAGAUUCUGGAGCGGCUGCCGCGGGCGCUCGCGAGGUAUUCGGCGCUGCAGGUCCCCGAGGGCCACGCCCUGGUCGACUGUUCCGAUGCUGAGGGCCCUCUCGACGCGCGUGUCGGCUUCUGGCACGCCCUCCGGCGUUUCGUCACCGGGGCGCUCUGGCGGCUGUUUCCGUGGCUCGUGUCCCCCCCGAUAAUGUUCAUGGCCGGGUUUGGGGCCAACUUCUCGGACGUCCGGCGGAUCCAUGCGGGGCAAAUUGAGAAGAUCCUGGCAAGCAACGAGAGGGUGAAGGCGCAGUGGCGGGAAGCGCAGGCGAAGAAGGUCUUAGCGGGCGGGGUGUGAUGUACAUAUUGUCCGGACGUUUCAGCAGUUGCCGAAGCUAUUGGUGACAGAUAGAUCUGAGUGCGAUUCCCUCGAACAAAUUUUUGAGCGCAUCCACGAGCAUCAAAUUGAUGUUGUGUCUCUUUGAGAAAUGGCCUCUACGGCCCGCUUUAAUGUACAGAAGACAUCGUAGCGAGGCCUGAUAAGAGGCCAGCAUGAGGUUGCGCCAUACAUGAUUCAACAAAGUACUGGGGCUAAAUCUGAAAGUACAAGACAGGCUGAGAGACAUACCGUCCAUAUGUUGACCUUACGUCUAAGGAACGAUUAACGGAUCGUCUAGUACCGUAAAGUUCUGGCAACGAGCUGACUAUUAGGGUAUGUAAGUAAUGUGACGUCGAGGGACCUGUUCAAUCUAGUGAAUCACUCGACUGAAUAGACUGAGUGAGACUCGUCAUCGGACUUGACUGUGGUUUAUCAACUUGUACAAAUACGCUAAUGAUAUAUCCAGCUAGUUGAAUACCCA